AGAGCACCUAUCACACGCUGUCCUAAAUAUAGGCCAUGGCCUGUCUUGAUUUCAUCUGACCGACUGCCAAACUCGGUGACUCGGUGCCACAGCAAUAUACAAGAGGUUUUCAGACUGAGAGACUGCAAGCGACACGAUCACAGACCCGCCAAUCGCAAUCCUCUGCUUUGCCAUGGCGAUAAAAGAAAAAAAGUAUUUCUGACUGAUUAGCACUGGGGUUUAACAAUAGAAAAGUAUUUCUGAAUGACUAUUGACUGGCUGGAUAUCUUCUCAUUCCGUUUGCUCAGUUGUUCAUGCACCUCGGUUUGAAAGAGACAGUUUCUUUUCUUUCCUUGAUUUGAUUUUUGCGACUGUGAAGCUCACUCCUCUCUGCCACACAGCAGCAACACAAGAGGCUUUCUGGGACAUGGAUUGGGAGGAAGGCAGAACCAUGGAGGGACUGUGUAUAACCCACUGGGUGAACAGCCCAGUCCGCCACCAGGCCCUGUUCCAAGGAAGGAACUUGGAUGACUGUGUGGAGGACCAUGACCUGUUCGCCCUGCCCGGGCCUGCCUUCCCCGACCCUGAGGUAGUGAGGCCCGACCCUGAGGUAGUGAGGCCCGACCCUGAGGUAGUGAGGCCCGACCCUGAGGUAGUGAUGCCCGACCCUGAGGUAGUGAAGCUAGAAGGGGUCUGCGACAGUACUACCACAACCAAACCCCAGCGGACUGAGCCUGUUUACCAGGUGCUUCUGGACGUGUCCCAGUUCAGACCUGAGGAUAUCAUGAUUCAGGUGUUUGAAGGAUGGCUCUUGAUCAAGGCUCAGCAUGGAGCCAGAAUGGAUGAACAUGGGUUUGUUACCCGAAGCUUCACCCGCCAGGACCCACUGCCUGAGAAACUACAGCAGGCGGGGGGUCUGAGGGCUCUGCUAUGUCAUGAUGGGAUACUGGUGGUGGAAUCCAAACAGAGAACACCUGUUAGGAUACAACACAGUGAGGAGGACCCCUAUUGAUUAUUGACUGUUG